AUGCCAAAGUACGGUUCCCUUGACCCGUUAGAUUCAGACAGUGGUCCUUGGCGAGAGUACCUGGAACGCAUGCAGCAAUUCUUCGCGGCGAACGAGGUGCCGGGCGCCAAGAAACGCGUUGUGUUCCUCAGUUGCUGCGGGUCACGAACCUACUCGAUUCUGCGAAGCCUUUUUGCACCGAAUAAACCGACUGAGACUACGCUUGAAAACUGCCUGAAGACACUUAGCGAUUAUUUCUCGCCAAAGCCGUCGAUAGUGGUGAGUCGAUUAAAGUUCAAUUGUCGCGUUCGGGAAGAGGGUGAAUCAGUGAGCGAGUUCGUGGCCGCCCUCAAGAAGCUCUCAGAACACUGCGAGUUCGGCACAUUUCUGAAGGACCUGCUUCGUGACCAUAUCGUAUGCGGCAUAAGGGACACGCAGAUGCAGACGCGCCUGCUAGAAGAGCCGAAUCUCACACUCGAAACCGCGGUGUCGACUGCUCUCGCCAUGGAGUCUGCCAAGCGCGACGCGUCGGAGCUCUGCGUAACGAAAGGGGCUGUUUCUGCGAAUGUAAAUGUGCUCAUGACGUCGGAUAAAAAACAUGUGAGCUGCUAUCGGUGCGGCGACGCCCACUAUGCCACGGCACGGAAUGUCCGCACAUUCGCAAAAUUUGCAGUUACUGCAGAAAGGUCGGUCACCUAG